AUGGGCAAGUCCACCAAGGUUACCAAGAAGGUCGCGGCCGCCGAGCCUGUCGCCGUCAAGGCCACCGCUCCCAAGAAGGCCCUCAAGGAGGAGCCCUCCAAGAAGAGCAAGAAGAAGGCCGAGCCUGAGUCCUCUUCUGAGGAGGAGUCUGAGUCCGAGGAGGAAUCUGCUUCUUCCGCCAGCGAGAGCGAGUCUGAGUCUGAGGAGGAGGCUCCCAAGAAGACCCCCAAGAAGGAUGCCAAGAAGGCCGCCGCCAAGGAGGAAUCUUCCGAGUCCGAGUCCGAGUCUGAUGACUCUGAGUCCGAUGAGGAGAUGGAGGACAAGCCUGCUGUGAACGGCAAGGCCAAGGCUGCUGAGUCUUCCGACUCUGAGUCCGAGUCCGACUCUGAUGAGGAAAAGCCUGCUGCCAAGGAGUCCAAGUCUGACUCUAGCGACUCUGAGGAGGACAGCGAUGACUCUUCCGAUGAGGAGGAGAAGGAUGCCUCCGCUUCCAAGAAGCGCAAGGCUGACGACGAGAAUGAUACCUCUGCCAAGAAGACCAAGGUCGACAGCAACGCUGCUUCCACCCUCUUCGCUGGCAGCUUGGCCUGGAGCAUCGAUGACGAUGCCCUGUACCAGGCUUUCGAGUCUUUCGAUGGCCUUGUUGGUGCUCGUGUCGUUACUGAGAAGGCUACUGGCCGCAGCCGUGGUUUCGGUUAUGUCGACUUUAAGGAUGCCGAGUCCGCUGCCAAGGCUUACGAGGCCAUGCAGGGUCAGGAUGUUGGUGGCCGUGCCAUCAACCUUGACUAUGCCAACGCUCGCUCCGACGAUGCCACUCCUCAGGCCCGUGCUGCCGACCGCGCUAAGAAGCACGGCGAUACCGUCAGCCCUGAGAGCGACACUCUCUUCGUCGGCAACCUGCCUUUCGACGUUGACCAGGACACCGUCACUGAGUUCUUCAACGAGGUUCGCCCCGUUGUCAGCGUUCGACUGCCUACCGACCCUGAGAGCGGUAACCUGAAGGGUUUCGGUUAUGUCACUUUUGGCUCCGUUGAUGACGCCAGAGAGGCCUACAACGCCAAGACUGGUUCUUCCAUUGGCAACGGUAGAUUCGCUCGCACUCUGCGACUUGACUACUCCCAGCCCCGUCCCCAGGGUGGUGACCGUGGUGACCGUGGUGGCCGCGGUGGCUUCGGUGGCCGUGGAGGUGGCCGUGGAGGUGGCCGCGGUGGCUUUGGCGGCCGAGGUGGUGGUCGCGGCGGUGGCCGUGGCGGCAACUUCAGCUCUGUCAACCGCACCAAGCCUGGCUUCUCUGGCACCAAGAUCUCCUUUGACUAA